UCAUUUUCUGCUUUGCAUGCUGGGAUGACAGUCUCAAUCCUAGCAACACAAAGCAAAAGCAUAAACGAUGAGAGCUCUACAUUUAGCUAACAAAUYCAGUCGUUCUGUUGAAAUUACUGUGAAAGAACAUUUUAUAUGAGUWUUCCAUUAUUUCCGAAAUGGAAAAAUUGCAAGCAGAAGAUGCUCGGUAUUUGAAAAGGAAAGUGAAAGGGGGGAGUUUGGAUGUCCACCCGACAGAGAAAGCCCUCAUCAUUCAGUAUGAGUUGGAGGCAACUAUCCUCGGUGAGAUGGGAGACCCGAUGGUUGGGGAACGCAAGGAGUGUCAGAAAAUCAUCCGCCUAAAAAGCUUGAACGCCAACACGGACAUUGCCGCCCUAGCUCGGAAGGUGGUGGAGGAAUGCAGGCUCAUUCAUCCAUCUAAACUACCAGAGGUGGAGCAAUUGCUCUUCUACCUGCAGAACCGCAARAAAUCAGACAAACGAGAGAAACACCCGCCGAGAGACCUCGCACCAUUUGAGGGGAUGGAGCUGGAUGAGGAGGCCAACAUCAACAGGAUAGAUCACUAUGUGGAGCUGCUGUAUGAGGACAUCCCAGAGAAGGUCAGGGGUGCCACCCUCAUCCUCCACCUCGCCCGCAACCCAGACAACCUGGAGGAGCUCCUGCAGAAUGAGACGGCCCUGGGAGCCCUGGCCAGAGUUCUGAGGGAGGACUGGAAACAGAGCGUUGACCUGGCAACCACCAUCAUCUACGUCUUCUUUUGCUUCUCCAGUUUCUCCCAGUUCCAUGGGCAGGUGACCCACUAUAAGAUCGGAGCCCUCUGUAUGAACAUAAUUGAACACGAGCUGAAGAGGUACGACCUCUGGCAGGACGAACUGCAGAAGAAAGCGGCAGCCUGUGACGAUGACCAUAAGAACCAGAAUGUGAAGAAGGAGCAUGAGAAAGCCUUCAAGAAGUACCAAGGUCUACUGAUCAAGCAGGAGCAGCUUCUACGAGUGGCUCUGCACCUGUUGUUGAACCUUGCUGAGGACACGCGCACCGAGCUGAAGAUGAGGAACAAGAACAUCGUCCACACCCUGGUGAAGACCUUGGACCGGGAAGACGAGGAGCUGCUGGUGCUGGUGGUCUCCUUCCUCAAGAAGCUCAGUAUCUUCCUGGAGAAUAAGAAUGACAUGGCAGAGACGUAUGCUGUGGAGAAACUGGCCAGGCUGCUGCCCUGUAAGCAUGAAGACCUACUGAACACUACACUGCGCCUGCUCCUCAACCUCUCCUUUGACACAGGCCUCCGCAGCCAGAUGGUCCAGGCUGGACUCAUCCCCAAACUCUCCUCACUGCUAGCUGACGAGAGCCAGAGACAGCUGUGUAUGUGCAUUCUGUACCACAUCAGUGUGGACGACAGAUUCAAGUCCAUGUUUGCCUACACGGACUGCAUACCACAGUUGAUGAAGAUGCUGUUUGAUUGUGGUGAGAGCCCCAUGGACCCUGAGCUAAUCUCCUUCUGCAUCAACCUGGCUGCCAACAAGAGGAAUGCACAGGUCAUCUGUGAAGGUAAUGGUCUGAAGAUGCUGAUGAAGAGGGGUCUGAAGUUAAAGGAUGUUCUUAUCAUGAAGAUGAUCAGGAACUUGUCACAACAUGACGGACCCACCAAGAACCUCUUCAUAGACUACGUAGGUGACUUGGCUGCUCAGACGGGAGUGGAGGAGAGGGAAGAGUAUGUGAUUGAGUGUCUGGGGACCCUGGCUAACCUCACCAUCCCUGACCUUGACUAACUGGUGGCUAAGGAGUACAACCUGGUGCCCUUCCUCAAAGACCGCUCCAAACCAGGCUCGGCAGAGGAUGACCUGAUCCUAGAGGUGGUAAUCAUGAUAGGGACGGUGUCCAUGGGACACUCCUGUGCUGCCAUGAUGGCCAAGUCUGGCAACUCUGCCCUCAUCGAGCUGCUCAACUCCCAACAGGAGGACGAUGAGUUUGUGUGUCAGAUCGUCUAUGUCUACCAGAUGGUGUUCCACCAAGCCACCAGGGAUGUCAUCAUUAAGGACACACAGGCUCCCGCCUACCUCAUUGACCUGAUGCACGACAAGAACGCAGAGAUACGCAAAGUCUGUGACAACACACUGGACAUCAUCGCUGAGUAUGAUGAAGAGUGGGGGAGGAAGAUCCAGAGUGAGAAGUUCCGCUGGCACAACUCCCAGUGGUUAGAGAUGGUGGACAACAGAGCCAUGGGAGACGACGGGGAACCUUUCGUGUACGGAGACGACGGGGAACCUUUCGUGUACGGAGACGACGGGGAACCUUUCAUGUACGGAGACGACGGGGAACCUUUCAUGCACACCGGAGACAUUCUGGAGAGACACGACCUCUUCUACAGUGCAGAUGGGAUCAUCCCAGCAGACAGUACCAUCAGCCCAGAGUUCUUCAUAGACUACCAGAAUGGAGACAUGGGCCAGGCUGGAGGCUUCCCAGGCAGUAUGAAUAUCGAUACGUUUAGACAGUCGACGGUGACCUCUGGACAGCGCCCCGCCACGGCUUCCGGCUUCCGGCCAGAAGAGCAGUUCUUCUACAGCUAGGCUGGAAUCGGCCUCCAGAUCAACCAGGUCAAAUUGGGUUCACUACACCGCACAGACUGAUUCCAGCUAUCUCCCGUGUAGCUCUGUGUAGUGAUGAGUGUCUCAACACUACUACUGUGUGUUUUAACAGCUAGUCGCUUCAAGUGCUCUAUUCCAAGCCCUAGCAGUGAUGAUGUUUCUGUUUUAUUGAAUGCUAACAUUACAUCUUAAGCUACCCAAACGCUUUUCUGGAAAACAAUCUUUUUCUAGUUAAGGUCAUAAAUGGCUAUUUGUUUUGAGCUUUAAUUGGAAUAUAUUUGCAAUAUCUCAAUGUGUUCACUAUAAGUAUGUACCGUAAUACAAGAACACCUGCUUAACUUUAGUCUUAACUUAUACAGGAUGAGCACUGCUUUGUUUCCAUAGGAUGUGUUCCACGCAUUACAUUUCCGAAGUAGAGGUGGUUGGUUGGUAUUGCACAGUGUUAGUCUUAUUCGAAUUGUCCAGCAGCUGCAUGCUGUGACAGUCCUUGUUAUAGGUGACCUCAUUCAUGAGACUGACAGUUUUACUUCUGUUACUUUGCCUUUGUACAAACAUUCAGUAAUUAUGUUUAUUUAACUGUUUUCUUUUAUAUAAAUUAACAAUUUGUUGUGUUGUCUCUUCAUUGUGCCUGGUGCUCAUCAGAACACAUUUUUCUGUGGUGCAAUAUUUAAAAUAAAGUGUUGAAAGUGGA